CGCGCAGUUCGGUGUCUGUUGCCUUGCUGUUCCGUGGAGGCGCUUUGAUUUUGGAAGACAUGACUUCUCGCCGAGCUUUGCAUUUUGUGUUCAAAGUGGGAAAUCGCUUCCAGACGACGCAUUUCUUUCGGGAUGUCCUGGGGAUGAAGGUUCUGCGGCAUGAAGAAUUUGAAGAAGGCUGCAAAGCUGCCUGUAAUGGGCCUUAUGAUGGGAAAUGGAGUAAAACAAUGGUGGGAUUCGGGCCUGAAGAUGAUCAUUUUGUUGCAGAGCUGACUUACAACUAUGGCAUUGGAGACUACAAGCUUGGCAAUGACUUCAUGUCUCCUGCAGAUCCUGUUUUAAAAGUAACUCUAGCGGUGUCUGACCUUCAGAAAUCCCUGAACUACUGGUCUGGUCUCCUGGGAAUGAACAUUUAUGAACAGGAUGAAGAAAAGCAGAGGGCCUUGCUGGGCUAUGCUGAGAACCAGUGUAAGCUGGAGCUCCAGGGCAUCAAGGGCUCAGUUGAUCAUGCAGCAGCUUUUGGAAGAAUUGCCUUUUCUUGUCCCCAGAAAGAGUUGCCAGACUUAGAAGACUUGAUGAAAAGGGAGAAUCAGAAGAUCUUGACUCCCCUGGUGAGCCUUGAUACCCCUGGGAAGGCAACAGUGCAAGUCGUCAUCCUGGCCGACCCUGAUGGACAUGAAAUUUGCUUUGUUGGAGAUGAAGCAUUUCGAGAACUUUCUAAGAUGGAUCCAGAGGGAAACAAAUUGUUGGAUGAUGCAAUGGCAGCAGAUAAAAGUGAUGAGUGGUUUGCUAAAAGAAAUAAAGUAAAGGCUUCAGGUUAAUGGAAGACAUCAUGUGGAGCAAGCAUUUGUAAUCCCCAUCCAGCACCUGGAACCCUGAUGUAUCUGCUUAUGAUAAAUGUUAUUAGUUGUGUCCUGUACAGGCAAGGAGGCCUGGCUGGUGAAGAUGUGUAUAUUUCAAUCUUUGAAAGUGCUCAUAUGCUUUAAAAAUGAAAUCUGAUUAUCAUUGCUCCAAUAAAGGAGAAUUACUGCUGCAA